AUGCAGAACCCGGUUCCCAACGCCAACGGUCGUUCGGCCGAGACGGAGACGUCAACGACAGACAACACCGACUUAGGAGAAUCGGUGGACUUUGAAAAGAAAGCUGAGGAGACAACACCCCGUUCACAGAACGCCACUCCCGUCAAAGAGGAGAAGAUACCUGAGGAUAAUGAUGCUGAGCCCACCGAAGAAGGCGAUGACGCAAGAUACCUGAGUGGCUACAAGCUUGGAAUAUUAUCACUGGGUUUGUGUCUUACAACUUUCGUGAUUGCUCUAGACAAUACAAUCAUUGCGACCGCGAUUCCCAAGAUAACGACAGUUUUCAACAGUCUCGAUGAUGUAGGAUGGUAUGGAUCCUCAUACCUCUUGACUACGUGUUCGCUACAGCCCUCGUUCGGGAGAAUAUACACAUUCUUCGACGUGAAAUACACCUACCUCUUCGCACUCCUGCUGUUCGAAGUUGGUUCUAUUAUUUGCGCUGCUGCGACUAGUUCGCCAAUGUUCAUCAUUGGACGAGCAGUCGCUGGUGCAGGCGCUGCAGCUCUGUUUUCUGGGGGCAUGACUAUCAUCGGCUACUCUGUACGCUUGUCGAAACGUCCUAUAUACAUCGCCGCACUGUCAAGUAUGUUUGGUAUUGCAAGCGUCGUGGGUCCGAUUCUAGGUGGCGCAUUGACUGACAAAGUAUCAUGGCGGUGGUGCUUCUGGAUAAAUCUCCCAUUCGGCGCAGUCUCCCUCGCAGUCGUGUUUUUCUUCUUUGCCAACCCUGAACGCCAAUAUAGUCACCUUCCCUUCCGAUCCCGAAUCAAAGAAGUUGACUUACUAGGGGCUCUCUUCCUCAUCUGUGCCAUCGUAUCCCUCCUCCUGGCACUCCAAUGGGGCGGUCAAACAUAUCCCUGGGGGGAUUCAAAAGUCUGGGGAUGUCUGCUUGGUUUCGGAUUAAUUAUUUCAGUCUUCAUUGGGAUCCAGAUCCAUUCUAAGGAGCGUGCAACUAUCCCACUGAGAGUAUUCAAGCAGCGGACCAUUUUGAUAAGCUGUUUGUUUUCUGCGUUGUUGUCGAUGGGACUUUAUACUCACAUCUUCUAUCUCCCCUUCUACUUCCAGGCUAGCAAAGGAACUACGGCUGAACAAUCCGGGAUCCGCACCAUUGCCUAUCUCGUCUCCAUCACAUGUUCUUCCCUCGUCAUUGGUGGUGCAAUUACAGCAAUAGGCAUUUACGCUCCAUUUAUGUGGUUCGGCUCUGCUAUCUUCACCAUCGGCUCCGGCCUAAUCUAUACUCUCAAGCUCUCAUCCCCAGCCGGCGUCUGGAUCGGUUACCAGAUCCUAGCGGGCGUCGGCGCAGGCGCCUCCGUCCAAAUCCCCUUCAUCGCUGUCCAAGUAGUCGCCUCGACCAAAGAUAUGCCAACCGCCAACGCGUGCGUCAUGUUCUUCAAUUCGCUCGGAGGCGCCAUCGCGAUCUCCAUCGCCCAAAAUAUCUUCGUCAACAGCCUCUCCAAAGAAAUCCCCAAGUUCGCCCCGGGCAUCGAUCCGCGAAUCGUGAUCGGAGCCGGGGCGACGCAUGUCAGGCAGGUGGUGCCAGAGGCGUUGUUGCAUGGGGUUUUGUUGGCGUAUACAAAGGCAAUCGAUAAUGCGUUUGUGGUUAGUAUUGCGACGGCGGGGUUGGCGGUGCUGGUAAGCUUUUGGAUGGAGAGGAGGAGUGUUAAGGGGAAGAAACUUAUUCCAGGAGGGGCGGCGUAGGGGGAUUUUCUCAGGAUUUGCGGGAUGUUUCUUUGCAUAUUGAUUGGAGUUUUUCCCGCGUCUCUGUAUCCUUGCUACCAGGGGAAGUAGAAGGCUAGUGUAUUUGUAAUUCUCGGCAUCCCGAGCGGGAAGAUCAGAUGGUACAUUCUUAAGGUAUAAAAGGGGUCAUGGAUUUGUGUCCACUUGACAGUCUAUUGGAAUACAGCGAAGAGUAAGAGGGGAUGUAAUUACCCUAGACCAUGUGUGACCUGUUGAUACACGGCCAGAUUGCAGUGCAGAACGGAGUAUUUCGUUUAUCUACC